UGUCGCUUCUGAGGUUAGAUUCUCUCCUUAAAGAAUGAAAACCCUGCUUCCUGCUGGCUCACCACCGAGCGCCUUUCUUUUGUCAUUUCAUUCGCUGGGCUGCUGAACGUUAGCUGUGCUGCUAGCUAACCUGGAGCCAACCUGGAGCCAGGGACGUCAACGAGCUAAAGAGUCGCGAUGAGAAUCUGAUAUUUAUCACGUUGAAUUCAGUAAACACUGAGAAACACGUGUCUGCUUCCACUGUGACCAUGAAGAGGAACAAAGGGAAAACGGCCAGUGUUGCUGAGAAGGAGUUUGUGUUUGAGUUCAGGGCAGGAAAACACAACUGUGUCCUCAAAGUGCCUCUGAGGUUUCCCGUGCAAGAGAACAUCAGUGACCUUCACGGACGCCUGAUGCUGCUUCAUAAAAUUCCUUGCUACAUAGAAAAUGAGCUGAAAACCUCACUUUCCAACUUCAUUGAGAAUGAGACCAUCCUGGACUUCGACAGAGAGGCAGAGCUGGCCCUGCAGAGACUCACCACAGGGGAUGUGGAUGUAAACCAGCUCACUAAUGCAUGGAGCAGGUCUUACAUGGAGACUACACUGGAACAUGCUCGGCCCGAAGAACCCAGUUGGGAUGAGGACUUUGCCGAUGUUUACCACGAGCUCAUCCACUCCCCUGCCUCAGAUACUCUACUCAACUUGGAGCACAACUACUUUGUUAGCAUCUCCGAGCUCAUCAGUGAGAGAGACAUGGAGCUUAAGAAGCUUCAGGAGAGGCAAGCAGCUGAAAUGGACAAGGUGAUGCACGAGCUGGGAAAUACUAUGAGUGACCACGAUGUAAAUGCAGUGGCGUCUCAGCACUUUGAUGCACAGCAGGUGCUGGAGAAUAAGUGGGCGAGUGAGCUCAGACAAGUUACUGAAAUUCAAAAGCAGGAGUAUCAGGAGUGGGUGAUCAAGCUGCACCAGGAUCUACAGAAAUCCAACAACAGCAGCAAAAUAAAUGAGGAGAUUAAGAUGCAGCCGAACCAGCUGUCAGAGGUCGGCGAUUCUGGGUCAAGGAUGUUUGAGGAGCAGUCUCAGCUGGAGGAAAGCUUCACCAUCCACCUAGGAGCACAACUGAAGACGAUGCACAACCUGCGGCUGGUCCGGGCAGACGUGCUGGACUUCUGCAAACACCGGCACCACGGCAGCAGUGGAGCGAAACUGCGGCGGCUACAAACGGCUCUAUCCCUGUACUCCUCUUCUCUCGGUGGUCUGGUGCUGUUGGUUGACAACAGGGUCAACUCCUACAGUGGCAUCAAGAGAGACUUUGCGACUGUGGCGAAGGAGUGCACAGACUUCCACUUUCUCUGUCUGGAGGAACAGCUGGAGGAGGUGCAGCAGGUGGUGCUCUACGCCAGAGCGCAGCGGAGCAGCAAGCAGAAAGAUAAGCCUGAGAUUCCAAGGAAUGGAGGUGACGAUAAGAACAAAAAUGUAGAAAGAAAUCCCUCUAACAUUUUACCAGGUGAGUUCUAUAUCUCGCGGCACUCCAACCUGUCAGAGGUCCACUCUGUCUUCCACCUGUGUGUGGACGACAACGUCCGUUCAGGGAACAUCACGGCGAGGGACCCAGCCAUAAUGGGACUGAGAAACAUCCUGAAGGUUUGCUGUACACAUGACAUCACCACCGUCACCGUGCCUCUACUCCUGGUCCAUGACAUGUCAGAGGAGAUGACCAUACCGUGGUGUCUGAAGCGAGCCGAGCUGGUCUUCAAAUGUGUCAAAGGCUUCAUGAUGGAGAUGGCCUCUUGGGACGGUGGCAUAUCACGCACGGUUCAGUUUCUAGUGCCAAAGAGUAUCUCAGAGGAAAUGUUCUACCAGUUGAGCAACAUGCUUCCUCAGAUCUUCCGUGUCUCCUCCACCCUGACUCUCACCUCAAAGCACUGAUGGAUGACAGAGAUGAACCACGCCGCCUGCACAGGGCAUUCAGAUAACAGAGAAUCGUUCAUUUCAACAGCUUUGACCAGUUAUGUCGCUCGUUUUUUCUGGAACUGAUGAGUUGGAACUGACGUGGUGAUUUUGUGGAACAGCCCAUAACCCCUGUUCACUUUUUAAAAUGACAACAGAUGGGUGAAAAUUGGGGCUGAAUAUUUAGCCAGUCCACACUUACAGUAAAGGUGUAAAUGGGAUUUUAAAUUAUAAGAGACAUUUUUAUGCAGUCGAUGAGCCUUGUUAUAUUUUGCACCUACACACGUUAUGAAUACUUCCUUUUGGAAUGAGUGAGAGGGGUCUACUGGAAGCUCUGGCUCACAUUCAAAGCCAGCUGCUGCAAUUAUUACUUCAAGCUUCCAGGGUGUGGUUCUGGUGACAGAGUUUUAUGACAUCAGCCGCCAGUUCUGCAAGUAAACCAGUUUUCCUUUUAAAGCUGCAAACUGUAACUUUCCUCAUUUUCCAGCUACACUGUAACGGAGCAGCUAGUCUUGUUGGUGCAGUUGUUUCAGCUGCAGGCGCACAGAAUAAUGUCGCCAAAGAAGGCACUGGCAAUUUGACCUAGAUUUAGCAACCAUGCCAAAUGUGACAUUUGCAGUAUUAUCCCCUACGUUACCAUACACACAGGUAUAAAUGGCUUUUGAAAUGGUGCUUUUAAUGUCUAGAUGCCCAUUCAUUGUGCUUCACAUGAUGAUGGAGGAGACUGGGAUCAAACUGUCUACCCUCUGGUUAGUGUGGUUGGUUAGUGUUAGUGGAGGACCCGCUCUACCCUGACUAUAACUAGAAUGGCACUCAGUAGAGGGUAUAUCUCUGCCAAGGCCAUAUAGUCCCCUUAAAUUCAAUCAAGCUUCAUCCCAUUACACACACUCAUCUAAAUCAGUCCCCUAAAUAUGCAGGGUUUUUUUUUUUCCCCAUUAAAGUCCAUGAAUUAUUCCCUGGGAAAUCACUGGGUUUGGCACCUAAUUUGGACCUGCACGAACCUACUUAAACCACAUUUCAGCCAUCACAUAUGUUUUGGCAGUGUAUUCCUGAGGGUUAUUGGCAGAAUAUUUGAGGUGUGGGUCUUCUAAAGAGAAGUGAUGUUUACUUGGCUCUUCUAGUCCCAAAGACAAAUGACGCUGCUGCUGAAAUGAGCGAUGUGCAGGUGUUUUUCUACUGCAUUGCAGUAACUUGUAGCAAGGAUCAUUCUGUGUGUGAGAGCAUGUGUGGUCCCUCCCCUCUACCUCUGUUAACAGCAGAUGGCACUGUUCCUAAAGACUAAUAUGUGAAAAAGGUGACUUCAUUAACACCUCCAAGCUCGUUUUACAUGAGGUAAAGUCCUAAUGAGGAAAAUUAAUUUCAAGUAACAUUAGUCUAGAUUCAUCUUGAGCGAGCCCAGCCUCAGUUUUCCUAUCGCCACUGGUAAAUGUUUAAACACUUCAAUCUACGCUCAUGUGUAUUCUGUAUAUUCACUGUAUAUGUUUACAUUUUUAUGUUUAUUAAAAAUAGUUAUAUCCACUA